AGUUCCGGAAGACUGCACUAUCUCUGGCAGAAAUUCUGUUCGCCAUUUUCAACGUGACUGCCAGUCCGCCUCCGAAAACUGCUGUUUUUGAGCGGAACUAACGCGGGUUUGUCCGAAAAAAGCCCGCAUUUUGUAAUUUUAGUGCAACUACAUAAACAACCAGAGCAACCGAAAAAAUGGCCGGCUUACCAAGGAGAAUUAUUAAGGAGACACAGCGUUUAAUGACUGAACCGGUGCCAGGAAUAGAAGCUGUUCCAGAUGAAAGUAAUUCCAGAUACUUUCAUGUCAAAGUCGCUGGGCCAACAGAGUCACCAUAUCAGGGAGGCAGUUUCAAGUUAGAACUCUUCCUACCAGAGGAUUAUCCAAUGUCAGCACCUAAAGUACGCUUCAUGACCAAAAUAUACCACCCAAAUGUUGAUAAGUUGGGUCGCAUAUGUCUGGAUAUUCUUAAAGAUAAGUGGAGUCCUGCUUUGCAGAUUCGGACUGUCUUAUUAUCAAUUCAAGCUCUCCUCAGUGCUCCUAAUCCAGAUGAUCCCUUAGCAAAUGAUGUUGCUGAACAGUGGAAAACAAAUGAAGCAAAAGCUAUAGACACAGCAAGAGAAUGGACAAGACUGUAUGCUGACAGGCAAUGACAUUGCUGUAUCAUCUUUUGUUGUCUUUUCUUGUACAUCGACUCAGCUUUCCUUCUUUACCAUCUGCUACGGUGGCUGAAAAAGAACAUUCUACUGCCCAUGGAUUAUAGGCCACCAUAGUAGCUGCUUUUAUAUGCGACAGUGAAAGAUUGAAAGCAUAUAAAAAAGCUAAAGUGUGAUUGGUCUGGCCUGAGGAUCAUAGUGCUGGUUUAUCUUUUUAUUUGAGCGAUUCAAAACUGCAGAAACUAAAAGGGAAGUAAGAGGGCUAUUUGUUUUAAAAGUUUGCUUUAGACAGCAUUGAGCCUCAGGCUAGAGUUUGGAUUUGUAAAAAGUUGAAAGUCCCUUCAAGUUAGUGUGAUUACUUUCUUGGGGAUGUUUGGUAAACUACAAGGGAUCUGCCAUUCAGUUGAGCAGUAUUUGUACAUGUAAUAGGCUAGUGUUUGAAAUAAGGCUUUUCUGCAAGUUUUUGCUCAAGCAGGUUUUCAGAAAAGGGGACAGACAGAUUUCAAUUAUGGUAUCUAGUUAAGUUUAGCAUUUUAGAACAUGUUUUAGUCUGAAGAAAUGCAUUAGAACCAUGAUUGAAAUGUUGCUGUCAGAAAGAAGCAUUUGAUCUAUUUUCACAUUUGAACUGGUGAAUAUCUGAAGGUUAGCUUUAUUAAAAUGAGCCUUUUCCACAAAAGAGCACCAUUUUACUGUUGGAGUCUUGUAGGAAACUUUUGCUCCGUAAAGUGGUGUAAAAAACUAGAACCAACUGAUAACCAAGUACAUCUUGCUUUCAAAUCCUCAAAAGAGGUUCAUCAUUUAAUCCAUAUUCCAGUUUUGUUAAUAUAAACCAUUACCUGAUACGUGUACUUGACAAAUUGUCAACAAAUUAUAGCAAACUAACUGUAGUGACACAGAUGGUCUUGAGCUUUGUUGAUAAAAACAGUAUAAAAAAGCAAAUUGUGUCAAGGCAGUAUGUGGCUGUUUUUUUAUACUUUUGCCCAUCAAAUAUUUACAAGAACUUGUUCAGGGCUAGUGGUUUUCAUAAAGAGUACCCAGGUAGAGGUAUGCACCCAUUCUGCAGAAUUGUGCAAUGCAAGAGUAAAUCCAAAAUCAUGCACACACAUUGUUCUCUUCCCCCCUUAAAUAUGAAAAUAAAAACGUCUUGUAACAUAACUUGUAUGUUAGUCAUUAUAUACCAACAAUGAAGUAAUUUUAGGUCCACCAAAUCUGUACUGUAACGCAUUCAUUCAGGAUGAUUAUGUCUUCAAAAUUGUAGUAAUUAUUUUUUCCAGCAUUUUGAAGAUGCAGAUUUCUGUUUUUCUUUUUUUUUUCUUUUUUUUGGGGGGGGGGUUGUGAAAACAAGCAAAAUGUAAUGCAUUAAGAGAAGGCAGUAAUAGUUUGUGCAGGCUGUUGGAAAGCCAUGUUUGUCCAGAAAAAAGUACAGAAACUCACUUUCCAAGAAAAAAUUAUGAGACCCCUGUAUGUACAGGACCUCUACAUUGUUCGUUUAGUGAAAUAUUUCCAGCUAAGUUCUUUCCACUAAAUGUUGUGGAGCCAAGCAUUCACCAUCUUUCGAUGGUCGCAUGUGACCCUAUCUCAGUUCCCAGUAAUAAGUUCAUUACACUGUGAAGGCUGUAUACCAUAACUUGGUGUGGUGUACAUGCAAGAGUCUUAGAACUGAAUCUGCAGCUUGCUGGCAUUGCAUGAAUGUGCCUAGCCAUUUGUACAUUGUGGCAGUACCUCCCUUCAAUAAGUCAAAGGGUAAAUUUUCUGGCUGGCAAGCUUUCCUUCCAAACAGCUGAUUUCUGCUCCUUUUUUUAACUUGUAUGUCAGUACAAAAUGGAAAAACCACUGUACAAAAAUCUUGUGUUUCUUGGAAUUCCCUUGUUCCUGACUUUUUCAGUUGUAUGCCAAAUUGUAAUCAUAACGGGCAAAGUUGGGCUUUUGAGUCCCCAGUCCCAUCCUAUUAACUUGAGUCAGUACAGCACUUGACCCAUGGUACAAUGGUCCCAGGUUCUAGUCCACCCUUGGUCCAAAUUCUGUGCACAUCCCUAUGUCAUCACAAAGAUUAUUUUUUGCACACAUAAAUGAUAUCCUCAGCUGUUUGAUGGAUGGAAGUUUGCAGGUAACACUCAGGGCUGGGAACUGAGGCUUAUAACUUCAAUGUAGUUGGUUUAAAAACAGAUUUCUUUGUAUGUGCAGUUAGGUUGGAUAUAAGAAAUAGCCUUGAGUAGGUUUAUGCAUGUUUGGUUUCACUCAGAUUUACUCCCAGUGUAUGCCAGUUGACAGAUUUUAUUGGAUUUUCUGUGGUUUGUAUUGCAUCCAGCCGAUCACUCAGUCCAUCAAAUUGCACCAGUGCAGUUGGAAUUGUAAUGGAAUUUAUUGGAACCAUUUAGCAUAAGCAUUGAAGUCUCUUUAGGUUGUGUCCUUUCCAUCAAAUUGGAAUUUGAUGGAAUGAGUGGUCUAGCAUGUUGGACUAUGGGACAGUGACAAUGUGAAUCCUAAGGAAUGUGAGAAACCCACAGAAACAGCAGUGUUGCUGCAAACUUGCAUUUGCACAAGUUCUCCCCAAUGUAGCUGUAGAUCUUAUGUUGUAAACUUGUACAAAUGAAUUUUAGUUUGCAAUAUUGCUGUCUUGUACUAAAAUCACUAACCAUUUGUAAUUUGCAGCGAUCAGUCAAUAAAACAAAAUGGAUGUAAUUUCAAAUGGAUCGUAAAUUUCUCAACUACACUCAGUUGAGUAUUGCAUUUGGUUGGUUCUUCAAGUUAUAAAUCACAAACUCGGCUUGUGAUUAAAGUAACUGUUUAAUCUGAAAGUUUUGUCUGAUUAAAAUGUUUUCCUGCAUCUAGUUGUGAGAUUACUGAUAUUCUUUGCUGUCACAAAUUCACUUGUAAGGGCAUUAGACGAAAAACAACCACGUCCGAAUUGACAACCCCAUUAGCAAAAUAAGAGUAAUAAGUACAAGAGAUUUGUAAGAAAGUGAUGCCUCUAAUGUGACAUGAGUAUUCACAUUUUCACCAGUGGGGGGGGGGGAUAUUUUGCGAAAUUUGUGAUUUUGUUUUAUAAAGGAUUAACCAGGAAGUAGUUUGUUUUGUCUGAUGUAAACAAACAGUAGUAACUAAUUCUGUCUUUACUGAUGUUCUCUCAUUUUGUGAUAACAAAUAACACUGGCUUUUUAGUUA